AUGGGUAAAUCGAAGGGUGAUAGUGCUGGGGAUAAAGGGAAAAAGAUAAGCGUGCAGAAGAGAGGGGGAAAUAACAGGAAGGAUUCCCACCCUAAAAUCCUUACCAGUGGUUAUGAGUGGGUGAGGGGAGAUGUAGGAAAAUAUGAGAAAAUCAUGGGGAAGAGUAAGUGGCGCGAAUUGAAGGGAAAAUUUAACAUAGAAGAAAUCCCAGAUGUAGCUGUUCCGAAGCAGAAAGUGAAGAAGCAAAAGAUAGAGGUUGAAAAGGUUGUUGACCAUGUCGGUAAUACUAGUAUGCCAAGGAAAGAAAUGGUGGAAGGAAUGAAAAACCUGGAGAAUGUAAUCGAUCUGGAGAAAGAAGACACUCUCCAGAGGCAAAGUGAGAAAAAUCCUGAUAAUGAGGGGGCAAAAAAGAAGUCGGCGAGUGUACAGGUUUCGGAAUCCUCAGAAAGUUUAGUGGCAAAUUUGGAGGCAUCAAUCGCUCAACUCGGCUUCAACUCUCCAAUUCCACAAGGGAAGUCGUCCCAAUCAGGGUUGAAAAACCGUCCGAGGUCAUUGCAUCAAAGAUAUGACACGGAGAAUCCUUUGGCUCGGUUGGAUCAUGAAGAUCCGGCCUAUAUUGCGGAUAAAGCGUUGAUUGAGAAGGUUGGACCUGUUCAAGGUCUGGAUUCUGUGCAAGUGUUUCUACAAAGAUCUAUUGCCGUGGUAGAUCAUUGGAAGAAAAGGUGGGAUAAAAAUGCCUCUAUGAUGUCUAAGUUGAGAGCUGAAAAUGCCCAGGUUGGUGCAUUGAAUGCUGAGGUGAGUAACUUGAAGAAGAAGUUAGAGGAAAGCUCAAAGGCGUUUGAGAUUUCUAUGAGAUCAAACAAGACAUAUGCAGCUAAGGUAGAUGAUCUUUUGAAGAAGACUAGUGCGUUAGAGAAAGAGAAGGAAAUUCAAGCCGAGACUGUGAAGGCAUUAGAAAAGAAAGCUCAGGACCAUGAGGGAAAUGUGCAGAGUCUGAAAGAUGAGAUGGUGGAGCUCUAUAAGAAAAAUAAAGCUUGUCAAGAAGUAAUUGCCGACAACGUAAGGAAAAUUCAAGAAAUAGAGAAUGAGAACAAGAAAUUGAAGAAAGAGAUAGAGGCUACCGAGUAUGAAGUAGUUGCUGAACAUAAGAAGGGGUUUGCUAAAGCCCUAUGGCAGGUGAAGUGUGUUGCUCCAAAUACUGAUUUGACGAGAGUUCAUGUUAGCAAAGAUGUCUUCAAGGGGAAAUUGGUGAAUGAGGAUGACAUCCCGGAUGACAUUAGCAGUGAAGAAAACAAUGAAUAA